CAAGAACGUCAAGAAUUUUUUUUUAUAAUUUGAAAGUUCAACUUUAGAUUCUGAGUUAAUAGAAAAGAAAAAUGAUUUAGGAAAAAGAGCAAAAUAUCUACAGAAGUGUUGUUUUAAAAAAAAUGUCCAGAAAUUCGAGGUCGGAGCAGCGUAAAACAGAGCUUAUAAAACAGCAGUCAUUUAUUGAGCAAAAAAAUAUUUUAAUUUCAAAAAAAAUUCAGGCAAAAGAAUUGUUGGAAAAAUACAAAUCACAAACGAAUAGGAGUGAAUUGUUGCCCAAUGAUGGUAGUUUUCUUGAAAAUUUCAAGCGUUUAACAGGAUCGUCAAGUAGUAGUACAAAUGAAAUAAGUGCAUCAUCAUCGUCAUCACACACUGUGCCACUUCAAUUGAAUGCCAUUCCAUCAUUAUCACAUCUAGAAUUCGAACAAAAGCAUCAUAAUAAUCAUCAGCAGCCACAACAGCAGCAACAGAUUGAAUUAAACGACAUCCCAACACCCCGUGAAAUAGACUUAUCAUUAAUACCCAAACCGAGCAGUUUUAAAUUGGACGAAAUUUGUAUGCCUCCUCUCAUUGAAGGAUCAAAAAUUAAAGUACCAAAGUCAAGAGCUGAACUCAUAGAGCUUGUGUCGGCAAAUGGCGAUGGAUAUGAAGAGAAUCUGGUUAUAAAAUGCAAUAAAGAUGAAUUGGACCCAUUAUUAAGGUUUAUAUUUGAUAAGAAUUGUACAGAAUAUUUAGAGUAUCGUCGAGAAGUUAUGGAGCGUCGACGCGGUGACAAAUAUGAUCCACUUGAUGAGCUUCAAUACGAGGAUUAUAAAAAGGCACCGUCGAUGAUGUUGCAAGGACCAAAGACUUUUGGCUUUCAUUAUUCCCAACAAACUACUCAGGAAAAAGUAGCAAAAACUGUCACAACAAUCCGAAAUGAUGAUUCGGAAUCGACAAAUUCCGACACGGAAACGUGGAAUUCGAUGAAGGAGAGAAAUUUAAAAAACCUUAAAAGAAAGGCAAUUCACUCGAGGUCGAGAAAGCAGCAAGAUGCAUCAACGACAGACUCAUCGGAUGAUAAUACAGAGUCAAAAGAUGAUCCAAGAUAUGAUAGUAAAUAUAAAAUGUCAUCGGCAGCAUCUACAUCGUCAAGCAAUUCCAAGAAAAGUGGCGAUCAAUGUGAACAAAAUCAUCUUGAGAAACAGCAGCAGCAGCAAUUAGAUCAAUCAAAUGCGAAUUCCGAUAAAACUUCCGAAUCAUCGUCACGUCCACCAAAAAGAAAGAAGAGUCGUUGGAGUGAAGGACCUGCUACAAUUCAAACUGUCGUUGUGCCACCGCCUGUAACAAGCUCCUCAAUUUUACCGCCAGUACCAACAUCAAUUUUAAAGCUCGCAACUGUCACUAGAUCUGAUCCUGCACUAUUAAAUUAUGCUCGACAAAACUUUGGUACCACAAGUUUAACUGAAGAGGAUUGGAAGAAAGCCGAGGAACAUUAUAAAGUUAAUUUAUUGUUUCAAGACAUGCAGCGAAAGCGACAAGAAAUAGAUCAACUUGCAAAAAACGGUAAAUUUAAGUAUGAAUAUGACUCAGACGAGGACGUAAAUGGUGGAACUUGGGAGCAUAAAAUGCGCACUCAAGAAAUGGAAGCAACAUUGAAAUGGGCGGAAGCACUCAACAAGCAAUGUCAGGGACGGCACCAUAUUGGUGACUUUUUACCGCCAGAGGAACUGAAAAAAUUUAUGGAAAAAUAUCAAGCUCAAAAAGAUCCUUCACGCCUUCCUGACGUGUCUGACUAUAAAGAAUUUAAAUUGAAAGAGGACAAUAUUGGGUAUCAAAUGUUACAAAAAUUAGGAUGGAAAGGAGAAGGCACGUCACUCGGUGUUAGUGGUAGCGGAAUCACGGAACCAAUUAACAAAGCAGCACCUCGCGAGAAUCUUCAAGGUUUGGGAGCAAAUGAAGUCGAGGCACCAAACGAAAAUGAUAACGAAUAUGAAAUUUAUCGAAAACGGAUGAUGCUUGCUUAUAGAUUUAGGCCAAAUCCUUUGAAUAAUCCUCGACGUGCGUACUACUAAAUUUCAUCUUGGUUCAUAAUCUAUAAUUAAUUAUUAAAUUAAUAAACAAAAAAUCUAGCGUGAUGAUCACACAAAAAAUAUAAACAAAACAAAAAAAAAUCGAACAUUGCCAUUGGUAGUGAUGAGAUUUAAAGUGCAUUACAAGUUGGCAGAAAUAAUAAUAAUAAUAUAAUAUUAAUAAUAAUACACAAUUUAAAUUAAAAGUUGUUUAUAAUCCCUUUGUGGAAUGAAAAAAAAAAUGUGAAAAACAUGAAAGAAGAAGCAGUGAUUAAAAUUGCUUGAAAAUGAAUGCAAUCAAAAGAAGUGUUAAAGUUGCAUAGUGACAAACCAAUUCCGCAUAAUUUUAUACUAAAAGAAUCCUGUUGAAUGGUUUUCAAAACCCUAUAAAUUUUUUUGAUAAAAAAUGAAAAGUUUCAAAUUAUGCAAUUUUUGGUUGAUUGAUUUCAAUCAAUUUCAAUCAUUGACACACAUACACACACACUCACACACAGUAAUAAAUGAACGAUGAAAAACCUUUAAAGUGAAAACAUUUAUUUAACCCAAAAAAGAAAGAAAAUAUUAAAAUUGAGGUAAAAAAAUUAGUAUGACACAGAUUAAAUCACCAUUUUUACAUUACACAACAACAAAAACAAAUGAGAAAAGAAAAGAAAUAAAAAUUGAUCACAAUCAACUCAUUUAGGAUUGGGUUUGUUGCAACCAACCAAUUGCAUACAUGUUAAUCUAGUUGAAUUAAUAAUUUUUUUAAUUUCGGUAUAGAAAAUUUUUUUAAAUGUAAUUUUUGACUCGUUUUCUUUUUUGUUCUCUCUUUUCAAUUCAAACGGGAAAAGAAAUGAUAUAUCUAAAAAUUUAGAAUUGCUAAUGUACGUUGUACUCUUUCUUUUUCUAAUUGAAACAAAAAAAUAAAUCAUGCUUUUUUAUGAUGAUAAGUCUUUUUUGGAUGAUUAAGGGGAAUAAAUAAAGAUGAAAACCUUUUUCAACAUG